AUGUCUAUUCAGCAAGGCAAUAAUCAAUCAUCAUUGAAUAAUUUGUCCGAGCAUGAUUCCAGUAAAUCAGCUACUAGUGGAAUUACAGGUGGUUCUAUAGGUGCUUUCGGUAGUGGUAAAGGUAAAGAAGGAUCAACUCCAAUAGGUACCUACGAUACUAGUACACGUCACAAUGUUCCUGAUAGUGAACAGAUCGAUUCAUGGAGUGACGGUAUACCAGGAACGCAAACUAGUAAAAACAAGAAUAAAAAAUAA